AUGGCGACCAUCAACACUUCUCUGGCAGMCCUGCCUCUGGAGCAGCUGUCGCUUUACCACGUUGUUGAUCCUUAUCUGUCCUCUGUCCUCAUAUUCUACGGAUCAGUUGCGACAACUAAUUCCAGCACAAGCAGCACCAGAAACCAAGCGCACAUCUUCAGUGCGGCCGGCCUCAGAAGCUAUCCCCGCAUCAUCGCGUCGCCCGCUGCACCGCUCUACAGCGCAGUCCACCAUCUUCCCCGUGAGAAACAAGGAGACGAGGUUUAUCGUGGAGUAGCUGUCAGUGUUCUGAAAUAUUUCAAGGACAUUCCGCAAGCGGUUCAGCAGUGCUUGAAACAAAUUGCUAAGACCGGAAAACUGACCGGCCGAUUCCCACGACUAUUCGAAGAGACUCAUGCCGCCGACCUCGCCAACAGGAUGGUCAAAAUAAGCAAUACGGCCGAGAUUGUACGGGAUCUUAGACUCGCCCAUGAUGAGAGGAAGGCUCCGUGGAUCGACAUAGACGUUAUACUGCCUUCGGGUUCGAUUUUACCGCCCACGCCCCAAGACCAGGGUGAGACGUCAGCAGAGGAAGCAUUGGACGAUAAUGCUGGUAGUGGUCAAUAUGGGAAGUAUACUUCACUCAUUGAAGCUUUUGGAAAUCCAAUUUUCCUUCCAACCUCCCGGCUUCGACGAGCGCCCUCCCAGCCCACAAACCUGAGCAAGUCUACAUUGUUCACAAGGAGUCAAAAAGAGGCCUUGCGGCUGGCCAUGUGUGAGGUAGUUGAUACGGAAGAACGUUACGUGAGCAAAAUUUAUGACCUAGUGCACAAUGUUGUUCAAGAGUUUCAACAGAAGGCCCGAUCUAAAAGCACAUCCAGUACCAGCCCUGACGAGACUGCCUUGGCUGAAUUGUUUCCGCCAUGUCUUGAGGAGAUUCUACAUGUCAACAUGGAAUUUUUGAAAGUGAUGCAACAAAUAUUAGAGAGCACUGAGCAGGGAGCUAUUACAAGUCUUACGGAGGAUACAGAUUUACGCACCUCUACGUCCGGUCGCAUGGCCUCAGAACAAGAUAGAGAUAUCAUGGGUGCAAUGUCCUUUGCGAAUGCGCUCAUGGAAUGGUUUCCUCGGUUCUCCGAGCCAUAUGCCGCUUACAUGAGAGCCCACAACGGGUUUACUCAGACCUUGAACUCCUUCUUGAAGGACGAUCAAUCAAGCUUUUCCCGCCGAGUUUACGAGACCGGCGAACAGAAACUGCGAUCGCUAUUAAUGGAGCCCGUCCAGAGGUUGCCCAGGUACAGCCUCCUUAUCGACGCCAUGACAAGCAGCAUACCGUCUAUCCACCCUUCUGUUCGCGUUUUUCUCAAAGCACGAGAUAUCAUAAAGGAAAUCUGCUCCCUUGAUACCCCAGCUAACACUGAUCAUAAUAAGAGCCUCAAACGCGUGAUGAAGCUUGUCGAGUAUUGGCCGCCAUCCAUUACCCCACAAGGGCGCUUGAUCAAUGCUAUUGAUUCGACCGAGAUUCUUCCACCGUAUCACAUACAAGAACAAAAAGAGACCCAAAAUGUGACCACAAUCAUGCUCCUUUACAAGAAUUGCCUUGUCUUACUGUCUCGAUAUCCAGGGAGUAACAUGGCAGCUCGUGCGUUGCUAUCAGAUCUGGAAAAUCUGCCGACUACUGCCAGCGAAAAGUCCCUGUCGCAGCCAAGUCCUCAAUUCAGAUUUUUGAGAGCAUUUGAUUUGAACAAUCUGUUUUGUGCCCAGUCAAGUGGUGGUCACAUUCUCUACCUAAUGCCUGCUAGCACUAUGCCGUUUAGCACCUCGCAAACGCCGCAAAUGACACCACAUGCGCUUCAAUUAUCAGGCAUGUACGAGGGACGAGCGGGUCGCUUGAUCGAAGAAAUAUUGAAAGCCAAAAUGGAGGGACGCUUUUCGGAGCGGGAACGUGAAGGCGCUAAAUGGACACUGCGCAGUCCCAGUGUUCCAGCUGGAGCUCUUGGGAUCCUUGCUCCUGUCUUUGAAGAAGAUGCCAAUGGAUCGAUGCAACGGUCUGGAUACUCGAGGAUCAGGAUCGUUUUUGACACGCCGAAGGCAAUAUGUACGAAGACCUUGGAUAACGGAUCAGUAGAUGUGAUCGUGUCUGUGACUCCAGCGGAUGGCGAUCUGUACAGAUUGGAAGUGAGUACGAAUAGUGGUUCAAACACAGUAGAUACAGCUAGUGCCGAUACAUUCAUAUCGACACUCACAGCAAGACUGUCUACUCUAAUUCCAGCGGUAUGCAGUAUUCAGAAUCGGACUUUAACAGAAUCGUCAGUCUACUCAAAUCUAGACAUACUUCGUCAAAUUGGCAGUCAUAUCAUAUCCCAAACAAAAGUCCCACGUGGUUUCCGGCCGCCGUCUCCUACAAAACUCAUUUCAAAUCUUUGGGGCAGUGGAAGCCAAGCUAAAGAUAUACCUUCCCUGUCAAAAGCAUUCACACAGAACUUGGUUCUAGGCGAUAUUCCGAAAAUGACGCCAAAAGCUGUUACACGACCAACCACGUCACCAGGAAUGCUGGACGAAGCCCCCCCAAAGAUCUCAGUGGUUGCUCCUCCCAGUUCAGGUCAGGACGAUCAACUCACAAAACUGGAGCAGACCUUGACGGCUUAUAUUCUCGCUCUACGUUCGCGGAGUGGCAACAUCGUAGGUCGCAGUCUGAGAACUAGAGUCAAUGCAGACAAGUCUAUGGUGAAUGAGCUAUACAAUGUUCUACUAGAAGAUCCUGCCAAACUUCAAGCGGCUGCAGAGGUCCCUGUUGAUGUUCUGUUUGUGGCAUUUGAGACAUUUAUGCAUAUCGCAUGGAAAGAUUUAAUCGGCUCAAUCGUCUCUCCUGACGUCCUCGGAGCCAUUCAGCACAAAUUUGAUUCUUCAUUCCCAAGGGACUUUGAGGACUUCUUCCGGAAGCUCCUUGGUGAUUUUAGUCCGCAGAAUCGGCGUGCCCUCACUGGCAUAGUUCGGCUCCUUGCAGAGCUCCUAGAUGCUUCUGGCAACGAUGGCGACAGGGGUGCAUUAACGGUGGCAUUCGCCGAAAUUCUCAGUGAGAAUGAAGAACCUAUGCAGUACAUAUCUCUGCUGGAUCGUCUUGUUGAAGAUUUCGAGAAUCUAUUUGAAGAAUCGAUGGGGGAACCGAAAUCACACGAAACGACACCUAACAGGCCCCGUUCUUACACUGGGUCUGUAGGAUCAAAUGCUUCAUCUUUCCGCAAGAGACUUGGCUUUGGUUUGCAUCGUGAAAACUCAUCUCGUUCUGACGGAGAGAGCAAAGUCAGCUCCCUUAUCCGCACUUUGAGCAAGACCAAAAACAGUGGCGAUUCAGACGUGAGAUCACAAUUAUUCCGUUCAAAAUCAACCGAUACGGAUUCUAGGCUUGCAGAACUUCUACGGCCGACAACGCGAGAACGGCCCACAUUAUACGGAGCUUUCUUGUCAGAGGAUAAUAUACGCCGUCCUGGAAGCGCACAUGACGAUAGUUCUGUGCUGGGUGCUAUUCGCGAAGCACCUACCACUCCACAAAGGGAACCAGUCCGUAGAAAGAAAAGACGGAGCUCCCUGUCUGAUUUACCCGACCCAACUACUCCUCCACACCCUGUUGCGCUGUCACCAAUUGAGAUACGCAAUCCAUUGACUCCAGUGCCGAAACCCCGACCCCAAUCGGAGGUCUUUUCUCGCAUAGCCCAAUUACAGGAGCCUGACAGUCCUGAACAAAAGUCGCAGACUCGCAUACCACAGGUUUCCAAACCUUCCGUCCGAGCCACGUCUCCUAAACGACCAGGUUCUCCAGUACGGAGUCUUCUAUCUCCAGUAGCUCUCAGGUCUCCUAUGUCAAAGGAGAACAGUCUGCAGAGACCGAGAUUGACGGAACGGCCUGUCAAUAAAAAGACUGAUGGGCCGGCGUCCCCCACAUACACACGGAAAAAGCGAUCUGAUACUUUGACUAGUAUCCCGCAGCCAUCCAGGUAUUCAUUGCAAUUCAAAGACCGACCCAUGUCGUCACAUGGAGUGGACUUUUCGGGAAGACGUGAGCGAGCAUUGUCAUCGCCGCAAAAGCCUCAAAGGGUACGCUUGCAAAGCCCUCAAAAGCUCCGCGAUCGUCUUCAGAAUACCGUACAGGCUCAGACUCAUGCAGCGUCUGCCCUCCAUUCGGAAUUGCACUUAGUUGGACAGGAAUUAGCUGCUCUAGCGUUGAGAUCCUCGCCAACGGGAAAUGACCAAUCUUCCACGGUUGAGGCUUUGCAAGCUCGCAUACGCCAUCUGGAACAACAAUUCUUAAAUUUUAGUACCGACAUUAGCAAUCAAACAGCGAACAUGAAGAAGGACGUAGAUUCCUCAUUGAGCGUGAGCGAGAAACGAGCAAAGAAGCUAGAUGAGCUUUACCGCGAGGCUAGCGCAGAAAACGAGGCAUUGUACGAGAGGUUCAACACUGAACUUGGCAAAGUCGUGAAAGAAGUUCGUGGAGGCAAUGGUGUGGAAGUCAUGAAGACGCAGUUGAAGAGCACGUUGGAGGAACUUAGUCGCGUGAAGAAGGAGAAUCUGCGAUUGAAACGCGAACUCGGCGGUCUUAAAGCAGUGAGAGCCGAUCUCGAGGUGUCAGCUCCUACAAAGGAGGUUGUCGAAAUAGCUGACGCAUAG